CAGAGGCGGCGUGGGGAGCGCUGGGAGCGGUUGCAGCGUGCGCGGAGCUGAGUUUGUAAAAAUGGAAUUUCAAGCAGUGGUGAUGGCAGUUGGUGGGGGAUCGCGGAUGACAGACCUGACUUCCAGCAUUCCCAAACCUCUGCUUCCAGUUGGGAACAAACCUUUAAUCUGGUACCCAUUGAACCUACUUGAGCGAGCUGGAUUCGAAGAAGUCAUUGUGGUUACAACCAGGGACGUCCAAAAGGCUCUAUGUGCAGAAUUCAAGAUGAAGAUGAAGCCAGAUAUUGUGUGUAUUCCUGAUGAGGCUGACAUGGGAACUGCAGAUUCUCUGCGCCACAUAUAUCCAAAACUUAAGACAGAUGUACUGGUUAUGAGCUGUGAUCUGAUAACAGAUGUUGCUUUACAUGAAGUUGUGGACCUGUUCAGAGAGUAUGAUGCAUCACUUUCUAUGUUAAUGAGAAAAGGCCAAAAUAUCUUAGAACCAGUUCCUGGUCAAAAGGGGGGGAAAAGAGCAGUGGAGCAGCGUGACUUCAUUGGAGUGGACAGCACAGGAAAGAGGCUGCUCUUCAUGGCUAAUGAAGCAGACUUGGAUGAAGAGCUGGUCAUUAAGGCAUCUAUCCUACACAAGCACCCUCGAAUACGUUUCCACACAGGCCUUGUGGAUGCCCAUCUCUACUGCUUGAAAAAAUACGUUGUGGAUUUCCUAAUGGAAAAUAAGUCAAUCACUUCUAUCCAGAGCGAACUUAUUCCAUAUCUAGUGAGAAAACAGUUUUCCUCACCUUCCUUACAACAAGGACAAGAAGAAAAAGAGGAGGAUAUAAAGAAAAAGGAUCUAAAGUCCUUAGAUAUUUACAGUUUUAUAAAAGAAGACAAUACACUGACAUUGGCUCCCUAUGAUGCCUGCUGGAAUGUUUGUCGAGGAGACAGAAGGGAAGACUUGACCAGAUCACAGGUGAACUGCUAUGUCCACAUCAUGAAAGACGGGCUCUGCUCUCGAGUAAACACACUGGGACUCUACAUGGAAGCAAACAAACAGGUGCCCAAAUUGCUGUCUGUUCUUUGUCCAGAAGAAUCAUUAAUCCAUUCAUCAGCCCAGAUUGUCAGCAAACACCUGGUUGGAGUUGACAGUCUCAUCGGGCCAGAUACACAGGUUGGAGAGAAGUCAUCCAUUAAGCACUCGGUCAUUGGGUCAUCCUGUCUUAUAAGAGACAGAGUGACUAUUACCAAUUGCCUUCUCAUGAACUCAGUCACUGUGGAAGAAGGAAGCAACAUCCAAGGUGGUGUCAUCUGCAACAAUGCUGUGAUCGAGAAGGGAGCAGACAUCAAAAACUGCUUGAUUGGAAGUGGCCAGAGGAUUGAAGCCAAAGCUAAACGAGUGAACGAGGUGAUCGUGGGGAAUGAUCAGCUCAUGGAGAUCUGAGUUCUGAAGACUGCUUCCUUUUGGCCCCCAAAACUAUAGAUGUUGGCUGGCCCACCUACUUGAUUCUGUAUUUAUUUCCCAAUAAAGAAAGGCUUCCAAAGGCA